AUCCCGGGCGCGGCGCAGUUCUUCCCGGGGCGGGGAGAGUGGGUAGGCGGUCCCUCGCGGGAACUUACGCCGGCCGGCCGCGAGGACCGGAGUCGAGCCGGCUGUGCCUGCGAUGGUCACGACCGGGAGGCCGCCGCACUUGCGAUUUGCUACAGAGCUGUGCGCGUCGGGGAAGGCCCCGGCCCAGGGCGCGUUUCCCGCCGCGCCGCCCGGGCGGGGAAGGCGGGGUCCAGCGCGCACCGGGGCUGAACCGCGGGCGGAGGGCGCAUUAACACUUGCUCGCCAGGUUGGUGGAGGCGGGGCGGAUUCUGCUGGCGGCCGCGGGGCGGCGAGAGUGGGGGCUCUUUAAGCGCCCACCAACGCGGGGGCCCGAGGGGGGCAGGGACGGAGGGAGGGAACUCCGGGAGGGUCUUAGGCCGACCCGCGAGAGGCAGCCGAGCGGAGAUGGAGUGAAGGCUGCCUCGCCCGGAAUCUCGGAGCCGAGCGCCGCGGGCGGCGGGGACUCAGGGCUGCUCCCGGCUGGGGCGCACGGCCGUAAGCCCUGGAGGUGGUGCCUCCCCCCAAAAAAUACCGGCGGGGGUAGCUUCCUCACGGCCUCCGCCCGGGCUGCCCUCGGCCUCAGCUCGGCUCCUUUCCUUGUGGGAGGGCGAGAGAGAAAGAGGGAGGAGAGAGGUGGGGGAGGCGGGAGUUGGAGAGAGAGGGGCUCUGAGCCAACCGCCGGCGGAUCCAGCAGCUCCUCGGGGAGGGCGGGCGGGAGCGCGGGGGCGGGCGCGCCGCGGCUCGCUCGGGAGAAGUGGCCGCCGAUGACGGCAGAGGUGCAGCCAGCCCCGCGCGCGCAGCCCCCUCCCCCUCGCCCUCCUCCCCCCCCUCGUCCUCUUCCUCCUCCUCCUCCUCCUCCUCCCGGCCCGUCCGCGGCGCAGAGCAGCGGCGGCAGCGGCGGCGGCGGCAGCAGCCACCCGAUGUCUUCGGCGCCCGAGAAGCAGCAGCCACCGCACGGCGGCGGCGGCGGCGGCGGCGGCGGCGGGGGAGGCGGCGCGGCCAUGGACCCCGCGUCGUCCGGCCCGUCCAAGGCCAAGAAGACCAACGCCGGCAUCCGGCGCCCGGAGAAGCCGCCCUAUUCCUACAUCGCGCUCAUCGUCAUGGCCAUCCAGAGUUCACCCACCAAGCGCCUGACGCUGAGCGAGAUCUACCAGUUCCUGCAGAGCCGCUUCCCCUUCUUCCGCGGCUCCUACCAGGGCUGGAAGAACUCCGUGCGCCACAACCUCUCGCUCAACGAGUGCUUCAUCAAGCUACCCAAGGGCCUUGGGCGGCCCGGCAAGGGCCACUACUGGACCAUCGACCCGGCCAGCGAGUUCAUGUUCGAGGAGGGCUCCUUUCGGCGGCGGCCGCGCGGCUUCCGAAGGAAAUGCCAGGCGCUCAAGCCCAUGUACAGCAUGAUGAACGGGCUCGGCUUCAACCACCUCCCGGACACCUACGGCUUCCAGGGCUCGGCCGGCGGCCUCUCGUGCCCGCCCAACAGCCUGGCGCUGGAGGGCGGCCUGGGCAUGAUGAACGGCCACUUGCCGGGCAACGUGGACGGCAUGGCCCUGCCCAGCCACUCGGUGCCCCACCUGCCUUCCAACGGCGGCCACUCGUACAUGGGCAGCUGCGGCGGCGCGGCGGCCGGCGAGUACCCGCACCACGACAGCUCGGUGCCCGCCUCCCCGCUGCUGCCCACCGGCGCCGGCGGGGUCAUGGAGCCGCACGCCGUCUACUCGGGCUCGGCGGCGGCCUGGCCGCCCUCGGCGUCCGCGGCGCUCAACAGCGGCGCCUCUUACAUCAAGCAGCAGCCCCUGUCCCCCUGUAACCCCGCGGCCAACCCCCUGUCCGGCAGCCUCUCCACGCACUCCCUGGAGCAGCCGUAUCUGCACCAGAACAGCCACAACGCCCCAGCCGAGCUGCAAGGCAUCCCGCGGUAUCACUCGCAGUCGCCCAGCAUGUGUGACCGAAAGGAAUUUGUCUUCUCUUUCAAUGCCAUGGCGUCCUCUUCCAUGCACUCGGCCGGCGGGGGCUCCUACUACCACCAGCAGGUCACCUACCAAGACAUCAAGCCUUGCGUGAUGUGAGGCUGCCGCCGCAGGCCCUCCUGGUGCAGGCAGGCGGGUCACAGGGACCCUGGACCGGCACAAGAAACUGCUUUAUUCUCGAGGUAUAACCGUCGGCAGAAGGAAAGGGUUCCACCUCUCCCCAACCGGAGUUUUUGGCAAGGAGUCCCCAAUGCAAAGACACAGCGCUGCGGUUGGCACCUCCUUCCUCACUCCCUCAAAAUUGUUAAGAAAUGGUAGUGGUGGGUCUGAUCUGACUGCAGCCAUCGGUAAAUAAAAGUUUUUGAUCCUGUUGAACCCGCCUGAGACGGUGCUGUGCAGGGGAAAGCCUUCCGCAUCCACACAGGAAUUCUGCUGAGGUCCCCCCUCCUUCCGGCCAAUGGCAGAAGUGGGGGAAAAUUUUUAGAAGAAAAGCAAACAUGUGAGACCAAUCAUUAUCAAAUACUUUUAUUUUUUGGUUGAGUAUUUAUCUUUUUAUUUUUUAUUUUUUUUGAAAGAAUGUCUUGGAAUGCGCAAGUCUCCCUUUAGAGCCGUCUUUUGCGGGGAGCGGGAAGUGACAAGAGCUCAGAUCUCCCUCCCGAUCUCCCUCCCCACCUCCGAAGUCUCCUCCGUGGACCACAGGUGGAUCUUUGUGCGAACAACUUGCAUUUCGGAAGCCACUGUCCGUCUUUAAACAGAAAGUCGAAGGAGCCACGAAGCAAGCGGCCGUCCGGGCAUCCGCCUCCGUCCCCUUCCAUGUUCCUCCUCUUCCUUCGCUUCAGCCUCUUCUGUUAUGUUUUGUCUUGAAUUUUAUUUAGACUUUUUCAGUGGGUAUUUUUCUGUCUCCCAACCUCUACUGUAAACUUUCUGGUCCGAGAACGAGCCGAACACAGCGCGACGCAGGGACUAGGACGGCCCGGUGACCGCGCGGAUUCAGGAUUGCGGGGACGCAGAAAGGUUAAGGCACUUUUAAAAACUAUAGCAAGGCUCCUGUUUAUUUAUUCUACUUUCUUUCCCUAAUAAUCAAAACACCGCGUAGGCUCCUCCGUUUAUCAGUAUUAAUGGUGUAACUUUGUUGGCAAUAUUUGCCGUGUAGAAUUUUUUUUAGAUAUCCAUUGUAAAUUUGAAACAAAGACCGAUCUGUGUAAAAACAAAUUUCCAUAUGUUUUAUAUAAAUAUAUAUAUAAUAUGAAGGACUACCCUCCUUUUUUUUUUUGUAUUUUGGCUGCUAGAGUGCAGCAUUUGUGACACGUAUUUGAAAUUUGAAAUUUCCUUCUGCACUGUAUAAAAGGACCAUUUGAGGAUGUUUUGCCUUUUGUGUAUUUUUUCCUAAAAAAAGAACAAAAAUAAAAAUGUAUAACAUUUGUACAUGGCCUUUAAAAUUGUAUCAACUAGAAAUAAAAUUGCAUGAGUAUUUUA